ACCCCCAUCCUCCUUCUAGCCUGCAGGGUAGGGAGGGGUCUCUAUUUAAGCGAGGCGAGGAGACAGGAGCUGCAGAAGGAGAGACAGAGCUUGAGAAGACAUGGAGGUGAAAGGAUUCCUAAUUGCCAGCCUCCUGCUGCUGAGCUGCCACAUAGGCCAUACUCUUGACUGUUAUACCUGUGACUAUGGAACCUGCUUAUUUCCCUCCAAGACAUCAUGUGGCGUGCUACAAGUCUGCGGGAUUGAAACUGCCAAAGCAGGCUACAUUGGCAUGAAGAAGAAAGGAUGUCUAUACCCUACAGACUGCUUGACUGAGUCAUCUGUCGCUUAUGUGGGCGUGACAGUGACAACUACACGUUCCUGUUGUUUUACCGAAUUAUGCAAUUCAGCAACUGCCCCCAAAGUUUCUGUAGUCACUGGAAUUACCGCCAUCUUGUCUUUGGUACUUGCCAAACUUUUCUAAGCCCGUAUGUAUUGGGUCGGUGUCUUGUGUUUGAGUGCACUAAUGAGUCUUUGUGCUGUGUACUUGUAUCCAUGCGAAAAAGUGAUUAUUAUGCUCCCCACCUGAUGCCUAUCAAUACAAAUUUCUUGAAUGUCUUCCACUUUUCAAUGAAAUAUAUAUUUCUAUAUAA